CCUUUGUCCUGCUGCAACCUGUGUUUCCAUGACGGAUGAUGGACCCGUUGGGUAAUAGAGUAACAGGGCACCGUCGCGCGCUGAAAUGCACCUACUGUGCACGGUCGUUUGCGCGGACUGAACAUCUUACACGGCAUGAGCGCUCUCAUCGAAACGAAAAGCCGUUCAGCUGCAAUUACUGUAGCGCAACCUUCACGCGGAAGGACGUGAUUAAGCGUCACCACCUCCGAUACCACCCCACUAUCCCUGAACCGGUUGGAGCAACUACAGCCUCUCGUGUGCUGGAUAGCUCGCAGCUGGCGCCGUUGGCGAUUAACUCACCUCAGGAGCCAAUCCUCCAUUGUUCGGAAGAUGUUGGUUCCGCCGAUACGGCUCCGAACAACGAUGGAAAUUCCCCAGGCCUGUUUAUGGAUAACUACACUCUCGACGCUAUUCUCGCGGACUUUGACUUCCAGCCAGCUCCGAAUGUAGAGUUUACUAGCAACCUCCCUGGCACUGUCACGUCCAGUCGCAUCCCAGCCCAGGCGCGGGACCAGCUAUCCUGGAGAGGAUCUUUGGAACUGUCGGAGAAGAAGAGAAUGCAAGUAUAUACUGAAGCAGAAUCCGUAUUAAAAUCCGCAGGAAUCAAGCAUAUUGGCGAUUUCCCUUCUCGAUUGAGGUUGGAGCGGUUUCUCGUGGCUUUCUUCGAAUUUUUCCUUGAUUACCAUCCGUUUCUUCAUGUCCCGACUUGGCGUGCUGAAGAGGCCCAUUCUUGUCUUCUGCUGGCCAUGCUGGUGAUAGGCGCGGGCUGCUACAAAGACUAUGAUAUGGCCCAUGCCCUGUACUGCGCCGGAAGGCACUCCGUCAUGACACAUCGGAGAUCAACAACUUUUCCACAACGCAGUGUCGUGGACAUCAGCUCUAGCAAAUGUAUGAUAGAUCCCGCAACAUAUCACGGAAUUUAUCACCGCGACUGGGAGCAUGAAUCCGAAGAACUGUGGGAGGAUUGGGUUAACAACGAAAUGGCCUUACGGACUAAAUGGGCCGCUUUUACAGCCUUGAAUGUUUUGACUGUUUGUUUCCAUGUCCCUCCCACACUCCUGGUGCAUGAAAUGAGCAACGUCCCGUUACCGUGCAAAGAGCCCGAAUGGGCAAGCCCUACUAUGGAGUCGUGGCUAAGGGCGAGGCUGGCCCGCAUUCAGAGUCGUCCGUGUUUGGGUGACGCGCUGGCUGCUCUCCUGUCCCCGUCCCCUCUGCCGACGGAUGCUGUCAGCGUCUUCGGAACAUAUGUACUUUUGCAUGCGGUUCUGCAGAAAGCAUGGGAAUUCCGGCAGAAUAUCUGGCUAGAGUCAGCGGAGCUCACGAAAUAUUUAGAGAAGUUCGAACUCACACUUCGAAGAUGGCACACCUGCUGGGAAGGCAACGUGGAAUCCUCCGUCUCACCACGAAAUCCGUACAUCGACUUUACCCCAGUGAGGACCGCUAUCGCCUCCCAUAGUUCAGAAACUAUAGAGUUGAGCUUCAAGCAGCUGGUGAUCCCAAUUUCGCAGUCGGAUCUUACGAUGAGAAUUGUCGCACACGCAAUCGGCGCGCUGAGUACCCGCGUCAAAUUAGGGAUGGCGCUGCCGGAGCAACGGCUGUCGUGUUUUCAGAGUUUUGAAGUUCAUCUCUUCUCUAUAGAAUGCUGCCUAUUUUCCUACCACUGGUUGAAAGAGACACAGAACCGCCUCGAACUUGAGUGGUCACCUGAGGAGACAGCAAGGAUCAAACAGGUCCGUGAGAUCUUGUCGGAGGUAGAUCUACCUGCAAUCCAUGCUCAGAAGUCUGAUGCUGUUCGUUUAAUAUACGCGUGGGCGUUGAUCUUAAGUCGUCGGGCUGUAUGGAAAUUGCAGAAGAUCCCUCCCGCUCUCAUGACACUCUCUGGCCGUGUGGUCGUCGUCACUGGCGCCUCCAAGGGCAUCGGGAAAGAAAUCGCCCUGCGAGCUGCUGCCGAAGGCGCCAAUGUCGUCAUCAACUACCUGUCGGAUAUCAAAGCUGCAAAUGCCCUGGUUAUGCAAUUAGGACACGACCGUGCUCUGGCAGUGCGGGCUGAUACUUCCAAUAUCAACGAGGUGGACAGCUUGAUCGAGGCCACGGUGUCUCGCUUCGGAAGAAUCGACAUCCUAAUUCCCAACGCGGCUUACGUUCCGGAUCGAACCCUGCAGAACGUCUCCGAAGAAGAUUUUGACCGCGCCUUCGCGGUCAACGUCAAAGGACCUUGCUUCCUAGUACAGAGAGCACUACCUCACAUGACGUCCGGUGGCACGAUUAUUUUUAUCUCCACUGACAUGACCGACGCGUCCACUGUGAUGCCCCAAUUCCUUCUCUAUGUGUCGACCAAGGCGGCAUUAAAUCAAAUGGUUAAGGUGCUUGCACGCGACCUUGCCGCUACGGGUAUCCGAGUGAAUGCGGUCUCUCCGGGUGCAACAAGCACCGAGUCAUUCCACAAGGCUAUGGAUGAGAACAAGGCCAAGAUGCUUGCAAGUCACCAUCCUUUCAACCGCAUUGGGCGCGCGGACGAGAUUGCUGCAGCCGUGAGUCUCCUGUGGAGGAAGGACAGCGGCUGGAUCACUGGCCAAGUUCUGCGAGUGAACGGGGGCAGUGUUGUCUGA